CUAGUGGAACUUGAGGAAAAAGAGACAAUGAUUAAUGGUGUAGUGUUCAUUUUUAAAGGAGAUUUGGCAAUUGCUGCAAAUGCAGAGGAAGAUACACUGCAAAUAAGUUUAAUGCAGUGUGACUGCUUUGCAAAAGUUAUUUUCUGUGUACUCACGUCCAUGACUAGAUACUGAGAGUCCUUAGUGCACACAAUUAAACAUGGAAAUAUGAAAAAGGAGUGCAAUUCUUAUCAAUCAACUGAGGACUUUUUUUAGAGUUUGGCUAUUAGGAAGGAGAGACACUAAUGAUAUAUGAAGCAAGAAGGUGUUUGCCUAAUUCAGAUGAGGUCACACCACAUAAAGCUUUUCUGGCAUUGCUUAUAGGUGAUAUUACUUGCUUUUAGACUUCUUUCUGAAACUGACAUAUAAAAUGUCCAUUCCAGUGAGGUAGUACCCUCUAACCUAUUUGUCUUCAAAGAAGAAUUUUCUUUUGCUGUGUGCAAGCAUAGGCAGUUUUAAAGCAAAGAGAUAAGAUGAAUCAGAGAAGAGGUCAGAACUGCAGAAAGAAGUGGGUGCAUUAUAGAGAAGAGAUAGAAAGUUGCUGGUAAAAUAAAAUGUGUAAAUAGAUGCAAUUUAUGUUCAGUUGAAAGUACCUUAGUUUCCUUGGUUCUAUGAGUCUGAACCUGACCCUUGACAUCACUAGAAUGUUUCUGUUUUCCUAUAUUUUGUUUAAGAACAUUUUAUUAGUUUGCACAGCAUCCUGAGCAACUUACACAAUGUCUGUGCUUUACAAACAGAAUUUUAUACGCUGUAUACAUUUUGUAGUAAGUGAUAAGCACAGAAUCUCCUGUUUGAUGUAAUGUUACAUGAUAGCUUCCAAAAAUAAAGUUGCAGCAUUUUGAUAAUAAAUGUAAUAUACAUAUACAUAUAUAUAUGUAUACAUGUUUGAGAAAUCCAAAUAACUUGUCUUACUGCUUGUAAUACAUGGCAGUACUUUGUUGUGUUGCUUCAGAUUGAAAAUGCACACUUUGAAAAUGUUUCAGAUUGAAAAUGUACACAUUUGUUGAAAUAAUAGUCUAACUGAUGACUUAAAACCAACAUGUUGAGUACCUUGUUUCUCUGAAAGCUGUUGAUUGUCUUUUAGGGUGUACGUUUCUUCAGAAAACGUUAUAUAAAAGGACCUUUCUUACAGUAAGAAGUCAGUAAUUUGUUUUAUUGCUGCAACAGAACUCGACAAUGAGACAUCGUAUUUUUUGUUGUUCUCUCUGUGAAUAUAAGCUUUUCCUAGGUUUUUUUUUUUUGGUCUGGGUAAUACUGGAAGUGAGGUAAUCAGAUAUGGGUAAGUGUGCUCUGUCUACUUCUUUAUGGAAACACUGGACAUAUACCUGUUGAUUCUUGUCUGAAAUGUAUUCUCUUAAGUGUUUUAAACUGUAUUUCUCUACUCAUUAAUUCAUCUGAAGGGUGCUAUACCCACAUCAUCACUGGUUUACUUAUUUCUGCAUUUGUAUUAUUCCUUUUAUGGUUACCUGUAAUGUGCCAAAAUCCUGCAUCAUCAAUACAGAGAAUUUAAUCUGUAGCAUUAAUAAUUAUUGUAGUCUUCCGCUGAAUUCCAGUAAUACUUUCAAAGAAGUAUCACCAGUCUUAUUCCAUACAGACAUUUGUAAAUCAAAAGACAGCCCAAGGUCACGCAGCAAGUAAUUGAGAAGCUUUGGUCCCGUUGUGAAAUUUCAUUCCUGCAUCUGUUUUCAAAAUCUGCCAGGCUUGCUUGACGAGGUCUAAAUUAGAGUUGUCUGUUAUCUGUUAAAUGCAGUGGAAUUUCACUGAUGUUGCUAUUAAGCGUUCCUGUAUCACAGAUUGCUGACACUACUUUUAAAAUUAAGAUUAGGGUACGUAUCCUUUAUCAAUAAUGUACUCAUAUAUAAAUAUGUGUCAAAACCACCUUCUCAGUUACUUAAGUCCUAGCUGAUACUGUAGAUAUCUGAGUUUUAAAAUAAACAUAAUUCUUCUGCCUUCAAACCUGCAAAAUUUCAGUAGUCUUUUCAGAUUCUACAUUUUAAUUGCCUGUUUCUGGCUACUCUGCCUAUCAGCACAUUGUUCUUAGAGUUUGAAAGUGUAUUCUUCAGUGAACUCCUGAAGAAAGAGCCCAUGUUUCACUUAGUGGACAGUCACAGCAAGGAUAUAUGUUAUGUCCAAAAGCUUUGCUGUGUGGGUAAAGAGCAAAAAGUUGUAGUAGGAAACAAGGAAAGACAGAAUAAUUGUAAACAUGUGGCUUACUUGGUGUAGUUUUGAAAAGUGACAGUACAGAAGAAAUAGUAGGAAUGGAAUUUUUAGAAAGUGUUACCAAUGAAAUGAGAGGUGAGUGAUUUGAUACUGUUAUGGACUCUUUAAUACAGCGGGUUCACGGAAUGAUGCUUGAAUAGUGUUUGGAUGGGAAGCUCCUUUGUUCCAUUUAAUCUACCUCUUGUUAUUUCCACCCUGAUAAUGGUGGAUUGCUAGAAAUAUUCCUGCUUUUAGUUGUUGAAUAUGUAGAAAGGAAGUUGAAUGUGUCUAUCUCCUUUUGCUGUAGGCACUGUUAAAGGGAGCCCUCUGGAGAAUUAUUUCUUUCAGGUUCAGGCUUCUACAGGAAUGAGUUCUACAGGGAUCAUCACUUGAUUUUUGUCUGUUACAAACCUUCCUUGUUAGGAAUUAACGUUAGAUUUGUGCUUGUAUGUGAAAUGUGUUUGGAAAUAAGAAUGUUUCUGAUUAUUUUGAAGAAUAUUCAAUUUCUUUGAUACUAGACCUUUAUCUAUUAGGCUCAUCCUUUGCCUGAAGUUGACUUUGCACGAAGUUGACUUUGCAUCUGGAGAACCAUUGUCUCAUCUUUGAUUUUAUGGAUAAUGUAUGAGAAAUUAAUAACAUAAUUCUAUAUUUCCAUGUCUUAAUUCCUUCCAAAGUCUCAUUUUUUUCUGUAUUUUCUGUAUAUCGCAUAUAUGCAUGUAUGUUAAAAUACAUGAUCUUGUUUAAAGUAUCUCAACUCUACUUUGCUUAUACUUGGACAGGGAAAGACUAUGUAAACUAAUGAAUGGUUUGAUUUUUUCCCCCAAGAGGAUUUUAUACAUGUGUUUAAGAAUAAGCGAUCUAUGUAUGAAGUAGUAAUUACGAGCUAAUGAUUUUCUAUGAAAAUUACUAAAUGUACUAACAAAUCUACUAAAGAGUUCAUUUCAUAAAUUCAAAUCAAUUAUGUACGUUUAAUGAAAUGUACCAUCUACAGAGAUAUCUACUUCUUUUAACAGCAUCUAAUGAAGUAGUAAAUUUUUAUUUAAUUUAAAAAAUGUUGAAAAUUCUUAUUCCCACUGAUAAUUUAUUCCAUGUUAAAAUAGAUAUGCCAUCACUUAUGUCUAUAUUCAGGAGCCUGAAACUGAGUGGAAAAUUCUCAUCAAUCUAGCUGUUGUUUUUAAAACCUAGGGAUUUUGCUUGCACUAUUUUGAAAAGCCAUGGUAUAUGCCCACACUACAUAUCCUUAUGGAUACACAGUGCAGUUUUGUUCUUUUGUGCCAACAGGAUCAUUUAUCUUCUGACUUGAGGCUUGUCUUGCUGUACUUUUCUUAUAUAGGAUCCCAUCUAUUUUUUUUCUACUUGUCACAAUAAACUGAGUUUCUCUAGAGAAAUUCUUUUUGAUUGUCAUAUUAUCUGUGCAUCCAUUCAAGUCUGAGUUUGUAUGUGUUGAAAAUGAGGACUUUGGUUUGUAUGCAGCGUUCCAGAGAUGUCGUGAGAGCCCUGUCUGGUGAUACUGCUGCUUCCUCAUCUCGACUAAAAACAGGUCUCCUGAUGCAUCCUGAGUUGCAUUUUUCUGUAUGGUUGAUUUCCUUUCAAGAAUUUUUGGCAUUUGAAUCUGUUUUGUGUACUCCAGAUGCAAUAUUCAUUGUUGCUUUUCAGUUAUUUGACAAGAGUGGCAAUGGAGAAGUAACAUUUGCAAAUGUCAAAGAAGUAUUUGAACAAACUACUACUCAUCAUCAAAUCCCCUUCAAUUGGGACUGUGAAUUCAUUCGUCUGCAUUUUGGACAUAACAGAAAGAAACACCUUAACUAUACAGAGUUCACUCAGUUUCUUCAGGAGCUGCAGUCAGAACAUGCAAGACAAGCCUUUUCAUUGAAGGACAAAAAUAAAAGUGGCAUGAUUACUGGGCUGGACUUCCGUGAUGUCAUGGUUACCCUUCACUCCCAUAUGCUGACACCAUUUGUGGAAGAAAAUUUAGUUUCGGUAGCUGGUGGAACUGUUUCACAUCAGGUCAGCUUCUCCUACUUCAAUGCAUUUAAUGCCCUUUUGAAUAACAUGGAUCUUGUUAGGAAGAUAUAUAGUAAUAUAGCAGGUACAAGAAAAGAUGUUGAAGUCACAAAAGAGGAAUUUACACAGUCUGCAAUCCGAUUUGGACAAGUUACACCGUUGGAAAUAGAUAUUCUUUACCAACUUACAGGUUUAUACAGUGUUACUGGGCGCUUAACUUUGGCAGAUAUUGAGAGAGUAGCACCUUUAGCUGAGGGUGCAUUACCAUACAACUUGGCAGAACUCCAGAGGCAGCAAUCGUUUGGAGAGUUAAGCAGGCCUAUCUGGCUCCAGGUAGCUGAGUCAGCCUACAGGUUCACUUUGGGCUCAAUUGCUGGAGCUGUUGGUGCUACGGCAGUAUAUCCCAUAGACCUGGUGAAAACUCGUAUGCAGAAUCAGCGCUCCACUGGUUCAGUCGUAGGAGAGUUGAUGUAUAAAAACAGCUUCGACUGCUUUAAAAAGGUUUUGCGUUUUGAAGGCUUUUUUGGUCUUUACAGAGGCUUGUUACCACAGCUGAUAGGUGUUGCUCCAGAAAAGGCUAUUAAGCUAACUGUUAAUGACUUUGUCAGAGACAAAUUUACUAAGAAAGAUGGUUCCAUUCCACUCCCUGCAGAGAUCCUUGCUGGAGGUUGUGCAGGAGCUUCCCAGGUCAUCUUCACCAAUCCACUGGAGAUUGUAAAGAUUCGGCUGCAGGUAGCGGGAGAAAUUACUACAGGACCCAGAGUCAGUGCCCUCUCUGUUAUGAAAGAUUUAGGCCUUCUUGGUCUCUAUAAGGGUGCCAAAGCAUGUUUCCUCAGAGACAUUCCCUUUUCUGCAAUCUACUUUCCUGUUUAUGCUCAUAGCAAACUGAUGCUCGCUGAUGAAAAUGGCCAUGUGGGAGGGCUUAAUCUCCUUGCAGCUGGAGCCAUUGCAGGUGUACCUGCUGCUUCUUUGGUAACCCCUGCUGAUGUCAUCAAGACAAGACUGCAAGUGGCAGCUCGUGCCGGUCAGACAACAUACAGUGGAGUUAUUGACUGUUUUGGAAAGAUUCUAAGGGAAGAAGGCCCUUCGGCUUUUUGGAAGGGAGCCGCAGCUCGAGUGUUCAGAUCCUCGCCCCAGUUUGGUGUUACUUUGGUCACUUACGAACUUCUGCAGAGGUGGUUUUAUGUCGAUUUUGGAGGCCUCAAGCCUUCUGGAUCAGAACCUACACCGAAAACCCGAAUUUCAGAUCUUCCUCCUGUUAACCCCGAACACAUAGGCGGAUACAGACUUGCUACAGCUACAUUUGCCGGUAUAGAAAAUAAAUUUGGUUUGUAUCUUCCCAAGUUUCGAUCUUCUGGCACUGUCUCAGCUCAACUGAAGAGCGGCAGCUGAAUCCCAAAGAUACAUUUCAGCCUCUGGAAGUGAUGCAGUGCUAGAAAUCCACGAGAACAGUACUGUAUUUUUUUCCAGUCAGCUGCAUGUUGUUCUAGCUGAACUGAGAUUGCAAAUCAAAUUACUCCUUUCUAAUAUAUACACAUUUAUCUGUUUCUGAACUAGUUGUUGCACACAAACUGACUGAAGCUUUGGGUCUACGCCUUGUUUUUAACCAGUGGCAUGAAUGUGUAAGCCUAAGCUUUGCCUCACAUAGCUUGCAUUUAAUGUUACUGUACAUAUUGUACAACUUUGUACAGAGACAUCAUGGCAUCUCUACACAUACAUUUAUAUAAUGGAUAUUGCAGUUCAAAAUAGUUUGAAAUGUACAGAAUGUUUUGAAGGCUUUUUGUUAAGACUCACGUGACAAUAAAAUAUUUAAAACCA